CUCCCGCCAACAGUAGCCUGCUUUAGCGGCUUGUGCGCACCGUCGACGAGCUGAUUUCUGGUGCGCUCUCAACGCCUCUCAGCCGCUAUUCAAGCGUUUACUAAGGCCCACCUCGGCUUGGCUUGCAAUUUAGCGCCAAGGGGUCUGCGUGGGCAUGACGUGGCGGCGCGACCGCGGUCAAGAGAAUGAUGACGUCAAGAAGCAGGCGAUUAUUACUAGUAUGUACAUCUACGCUGCGACGUUCGCCCCAAUCCUACUUUCCAGGGGAUAUUACCGAUCUAGCCUCCGGAUUUACCACUUCCCGCUUAAAGCGCGCCAUCAUCGUUCCCGUGCUUUCCGCCGCUGAACCUUGUGCACUUGAGAAUCUGAUCACUCCGGUAGCUUCCCCGGCGAGUUUACUUGCAAUCUCACCCCGGGAUGCGCAGCGUCCUGAAAACCGGUUUGGAAUCGGAGCAGCGUCGCAAGCUGCUCCGAGAAGCCUCUUGAGCUCAGGACCGCCGUUUCCGGCAACUUUGGCCCCUUCGUUGGAUGCCUCCAGAAGCACACUCGCUAAUGGCACCUCCUUUUAUAGGCAAGCCUCCCUUUCGAGUCAGGCCUCCGAUCAUUCAGGCCAAGCUUCAGCGUUGACCCGCUCCUUCAAAAGACACGUCAACCCCGCCUCUUUCCUCGGUUCUGCCACGUCAGCCAAAGUUUCCACCCCACCAUUUAGAGGUUUCACGUCCGAGCACGGUGCCACCUCAGCGCGUCGCGCAACCUCAGCUGAAGCAUCCGCCACGUCAGCUAGACGGCGUCGCCCCUUGAAUCGCAGCGAGUCGCUACGUGUGUUUAUAGUCGCUGGCGAGCCGUCAGGGGACGCGAUUGGGUGCAGAUUAAUGGCGGCUUUAAGAGACGAGGCUGAGAGGAGAAAAGGGGAGAUCUGGGAGCAGGUGGCGGAACGAGACUGCGGAGGGAGGGCAGAACGGGGGAUGGGAGGCGAUGGUGUGAGAGAGGCGGAGGCGGCGCAAUGGCGUGCCGGGACCAUUGAGUUCCAAGGCGUGGGAGGCCCCUGGAUGGCAUCGGAGGGUCUCAACUCUCUCUUCCCAAUGACGGACCUCUCUACCAUGGGCUUCGCUGAAAUCAUCCCGCGCAUCCCCCUCUUAUGGUAUCGCCUGCGCCAAGCUGUCCGCCACGUGGAGCGAUUCCAGCCACACAUUAUCGUCACCAUCGACUCCAAGGGCUUCAACUUCCGCCUGCUGAAGGCCAUUGGAGCUGAAUACAAGCGGCAUGGGCGGGACGAGGAGGCUCCUUUCUGCGUGCAUUAUGUGGCUCCAUCCUUCUGGGCGUUCAAAGGAGGAGAGAAGAGAUUGCAACAUCUCUCACCAUUGAUUGACCAUCUCCUGUGCAUCCUGCCUGACGAGCCUGCCACGUGUCAGCAGCAUGGCAUUUCAGCAACAUAUGUAGGGCAUCCGUCCCUGGAGGCCAUAGCAGAGGAGCAAAAAGACAGACAGAGCGAGGGAGGGGAGACUUGUUUUGAGACGUCUCAACAGCAGCAGCAUGGCAUUCCAGCAACGCCUGUAGGGCAUCCGCCCCUGGAGGUCAUGGCGGAAGAGCGGAGAAGCAGGCAGAGUGUGGGAGGGGAGGCGAGCGAAGGAGCAGUGCAGAGAGAAGCAGGGAAGAGGAGAGAGGAAGGAGGGAUGGAAGAGGAAGAAAAGCAGAGGGAACCCCAUAGCACGGGAGUGGACCAGCCAUGGUGGAAGGCCACUGGGGAUGGAACAUCUUUCAGACGUCAGCACGGCAUUCCAGUUGGACCGCAACACAUAGCCAUUUGCCUGCUUCCAGGAAGCCGCCUACAAGAAGUCUCGCGGAUGCUUCCCAUUUUUAUUCAAACGGUUGACAGUCUGACCAAAUCCAGGUGGCUCCGGGAUCAUCUGGAUUCCCAAGGGCCAGAUGGCACGCUGUCAUUGGUCAUACCAACCCUUCCACGCUCUUCGAAUGUGACUGCCCGUGUCGAGAGCAUUUUUCAUUCAUGGCUUGAUUCUCUCAGAAAUAAACGCCCCAGCAAGAAAUUUCCAUUCAGUUUACUUCCACCCUUGCCGUCUAAUACAGUGGUUGACAUUGCAGCUGCAGUAGUGGUGCCUGCACUGGAGGUUAACGCUUCUGUGAACAGCAGAAUGAGAAUGAUCAAGCCUGGACCAGAUGCAGACACUUUUGCGGCAUGCGAUCUCGCUCUCUGUGUCUCAGGGUCUGUGGUGGUCGAAGUGCUUCGCUCACAAUUACCCCUGGUUGUGACAUAUAAGGCAAACUGGUUCUCUCAAUUCAUCGUAAAGCAACGGGCUUCAAUUCAGUAUGCAUCUCUGCCCAAUAUCCUCCUCAACAAGCCCUUACUUACUGAGGUCCUUUUCUCCGAGUGUACACCACACAACCUUUCAUCUAACAUCAGAUUUCUUAUGGAAAAUCUUGACAAAUGCAAGGCCAGGCAGACUGCUACUGCUCACCUGUUCUACAAUGUUUUGCAAGAGCCCCUCAACAGCAAUGUGUCGCAUGCACCUGACUCCGAGUUAGCACACACCCCCAGCAAGAUUGCGGCACAAGUUAUAUUUACUCAGUUUAACUCCUGAGUCCUGACUCCAUGUCAGCACACACUUCCAGCAGCACAACUGAUCGGUAUCAACAUGCAAGACAACUAGAGUUCAGUGACACAUAAAACCCUUGCCGGCGCAAGCUGAGGUUGAGUUGUUUUGUCGCAUGGACUUCUGCUGAUGAGUUCUCAAGGCCUUCGGCGAAACUGUCAGCCUUCUCUCGAUACACCUGAGACUCCUCUGGAGAAGCUGGGCUCUGUUGCGUGGUUUUAUAAAAGCUGUUGUGAAACUCGAAUUGCGGAUAUAUGC